AUGGUAUCUUGCAGGAAUGCUACUUAUGUUUAUACCAGCGAAUAUCCACCAUAUUAUCAGUAUCAACCGAUACAUUCACCAACACAGCAAACGUACGUCAUUCAGCAGCAAGGUUCACCAGGAUCUGUAGAGGAGGAUGUUGGAGCUCAGUUGGGUCAUACAACACGCGCUUCACCUGCUACUAUUCAGUGGUUGAUCAAUAAUUAUGAACCAGCUGAUGGUACUUCUCUUCCGCGUUGUACUCUUUACAGCCACUAUAUCAAGCACUGCAAUGAAAAUAAACUCGAAGCGGUAAAUGCAGCUUCAUUCGGUAAGCUGAUCCGGUCAGUAUUUCACGGUUUACGCACACGCCGGCUUGGUACACGCGGUAACUCCAAAUAUCACUAUUAUGGGAUUCGGAUUAAGCCUGAUUCUCCGUUAAAUCGAGGUACAGGUGCUGCGAUGGCAUUGGGUGAAGAUUACAAUGGCAUACCGUUGAUAUCCUCAGCACAAUCUGUAAAUCAAUUACCACCAAGAAGCUCAUCUCGGCGUUCCACUUUGGGGUCCAAUUCAGUGAUUACUCGACGAAGCAAUUCUACUAGUAUGGAAACAGACACAACGCUUAGCCAAUCUGCAAAUUCCAGAUCGAGCCCAUCGUCCACUUAUGAACACAGCAUAUCAUCGAAUCAUGGUACUUUCAGUGCAUAUCGAAAUCAAAAUGCUAAUUCUUCGAUGGGUGGAGAUAACUGUACAGACAUCGAUAGAGAAGUUCUUGGUGAUGGUGAAGUGCCGCAUGUUGGAAUACCUGAUAUGCAAGGCUUGGAAAGCUAUUUGCAACCAUUAGGGCUAACUUUGCAACAUGCAGUGCGUUUUAUCGAAAGUUACACAACAAAUUGUGCUGAAGUUUUGGAAUGUAUAAAACAGUUGCAUUUCGAUAUGGUAGAAGAAUGUUGGAUAACUUUUUGGCAACCGGAAAAUGAUCAAGAAGAUAUGGAAGAUGAAGAAUGCGCUGGCAAUGAUAAAACGUUGAAAGGCCUCAGUCAAAUUCAACUAUUUCGCCUGUGUACAGUGCCUCAAAUGCAGGCAUUUGUCCAAAAUAUGGACUUUUCAUUUUAUCAGGUGGUUGUCGAAGUUUUGAUUCCAGAUGUAUUGAGCUCCAACAUAUCAGGAGCACUAACUUUACAAAUUCGUAAUUUUGCGAAAUCAUUGGAAAUGCAACUGAAGAAAUCAAUGCAAGGAGCUCCAGAUGUUAUUCAAAAGAAGAAACUUGUCGCUGUACGCACAUUAGCGCAAACAUUAAGGCGAUAUACUUCUUUAAAUCAUCUGGCAUCUGCUGCACGUGGCGUCCUACAAAAGCCGGAUCAAAUCCAUCAGAUGCUUCAAGACUUCAAUCGAGUUGAUAUAGCUAGUGUUCAAGACCAGGCUGGGUGGGUGUGCGAUUGUGAUCCAGUGCUGGUAUCCAAUCUUCAGUCCGAUUUUCGAGAAAAUUUGCAGAAACAAAAAAGCUUAGAGCAGUGGGCUGAAUGGAUGGAAGCUGUCGUUGAUCAGGUACUGGCAAAAUACCACGAUAAACCCUAUGGUGUUUUGGCGGACGUUUCAAAACAGUUUUUAAAGAAUUGGUCUUUUUACAGCUCGAUGAUAAUACGAGAUCUCACACUUCGCUCCGCUCAAUCCUUUGGUUCCUUUCACCUUAUUCGUUUACUUUUCGAUGAAUAUUUGUUAUAUUUAGUGGAAUUACGACUUGCGAAAGCUUCCAAUAAGCCAGCCAUUUACGUGAUGACACAGAUGAUGGAAAAUAUUACACUCAGUGAAACGACUACUGUAGGAGCAGGAGGAGUGGAAAUUCUUGCAUCGCAGUCGAUCGUCACAUCAAGUGGUGUUGGUCUGCUUCCAGCCAAUAAUAGUUCUCAUUUCUUCAGUUCGUUGGAAGCUCAACCUGGUGUGAAUAUUGUCUAUAUGGAUGAAAGGUCUGGUCAAACCCAGACCAUACAUUAUGUUAGUGUAGGAUCGAAUACGCCACCACAUAUGGAUACUUUGGAACAAAUUGUCCAAAGUAGUGAAAUGACAUUAGAAGAUGUGAAGAAUGAUCUCGACGAAGAGGAAAGGAAGGAUUUGAAUCUCAUGUAA